AUGAUAAAUCUUUUUUCUUUCAAAGAGGCGACAAACCGUAGUACAACGGGGGGCGACCCAAAUAAGCCGACUUCAAAAACGACUCCAGCAGUUCUUCGUGUAACAAAAGAUUUGAAUGAAUUACAAUUACCAGGAACAUGUAAAGUGAUUCACCCUGAUCCAAAUAAUUUAUUAGAUUUUAAUUUAACAUUUACACCAGAUGAAGGACUUUACAAAGGUGGACAAUUUAUAUUUUCAUUCAGAGUUCCAGUUGAAUAUCCUCAUUCUCCUCCAAAAGUCAAGUGUACGCAAAAAAUUUAUCAUCCAAACAUUGAUUUAGAAGGAAAUGUUUGUUUGAAUAUUCUAAGGGAAGAUUGGAAACCAGUGCUAACGAUCAAUGCCGUCAUAUAUGGACUUAUAUUUCUUUUCGUUGAACCAAAUGCUGAUGAUCCAUUAAAUAAAGAAGCUGCUGAAGUAUUAAAAAACAACAAACGUACCUUUGAACAAAAUGUAGCUCAAUCGAUGCGAGGUGGAAAUGUCGGUUCAGUAUCAUUUGAUCGUGUACUUACUCAUCAUCGAUAA